CCUCAUCCACCUUUUAUCCUCCCCACACUCGCCAUCAACAAAAAAACAUACACAUCACUACCCCUUUUUACAUUUCAGCUUAUCAACAAUGAGUCUCCAAGUCAAUUUCACGACCCAUGGUCAUGAUCUCAAGGCAGCCUACGAAUCCAUCCUCCGACCCACAGACCCCAAGAACGGCGAUAACUGGGCGCUUUUCGGCUACGACAAGGCCACAAACGACCUCAAAGUCCUCGGCCAGGGCAAUGGCGGACUCGAGGAGCUGGAGGAGGAGUUUAUGGAUGGCAAGAUCCAGUACGCGUUUGUUCGUGUCGUCGACCCCAAUUCCCAACUUAACAAGUUUAUCCUCAUCGGCUGGUGCGGCGAAGGUGUCCCCGAGUCCAAGAAGGGACUUUUCAGUUCCCACUUGGCCGAUGUCUCUGUGUUCCUCAAGGGAUAUCACUUGCAAAUCAAUGCCCGCUGCGAGGACGAUGUCACACCUGCUCAAAUCAUGAAGAGAGUUAAUGAGAGCUCUGGCUCAAAGUAUUCGGUUCAUAAGGAGACCUACCAGCAGGAGAAAAUCUCUCCUCUCCAGUCCGCAUACAAGAAGACCGAGAUCCCAGACAUUGCGGCCAUGCAGCGCAACCCCAGCAAGCCUGCGCCUGCGCCCAAGUACGGAAUUGGCGCGUCAAAGCCCUUGGAAACAUCUGCUCCUUCGACCCCACCAAAACCCAGCACUCCCGAAAGAUCGUGGAAGAGCUCUGCAGGAUCUUCGUAUUCGGCAUCGACAGGACCAGCGACUUUCAACAAGAUCAUUCCUCCCAGCUCCCUGUCCAGCUACGGUCGAUCAGACGCACCUGAGCCCACUGUCAACAAGGCUCAGCAGAUCCGUCUGGAACGCGAGGCGCGCGAGAAGGAAGAAAGAGAGAGGAUCAAGAGGGAGAUCGAGGCGAGUGAGGCCAGAGACAGGGGAACCGGAGCAAGCAUGAACAAGGCACAGCAAAUUCGCAUGGAGCGCGAGGCCCGGGAGAAGGAGGAGAGGGAACGCAUUAAACGCGAGAUUGAGGCUAGCGAGGCCAGAGAACGACAGGCACAUGGUCAGUCCAGCGCUCAGAAGGAAGCUGAGGAGAGGCGUCUUCAGGAGCAGCGUGAGCAGCAGGAACUUCAGAGAAGCCAGGAUCGUGCACGCGAAGACCGUGCAGCCAGAGAAAGGGAGGAGCGCGAGAGAGCCGACGCUGAAGAUGCUGCGAGAUCUGCGCGUGAGGCUGCCAAGGCUCGAGAGGAGGCGCAGUCCCGCGAUCAGGCUGCUCAGGAAGAGGAGGAUCACAAGAGACAGCAAGAGCAGCAGCAGCGUCAACGCGAGAAGGAGGAGCAUGAGGCUGCCGACAAACGCUUGAAGCAGCAGCGCGAGGAGGAAGAGGCCAAGCGGAGAAGAGAGCAAGAAGAGGCAGAGGCAAUGCAGAGACGCCAGCAGGAGGAAGAAGAAGAGGAGGCGAGACGUUUGCAAGAGGAGGAAGAAGAGCGCAGCAGGCAGGUUAAGGCGACCACUGCUGCCCCUCAGGCAGUUGAUCACGGUGUAGAGGACGUGCACGCGCAUACCGGAGGUGCCCCUGAUUCAGUGUCGGCUAUUGUCCUUUACUCCUACGAGAAGGCCGAGGAGAACGAGAUGUCGCUGAUCGAGGGCGAGACUAUCAUCAAUGUCACCGAGCUUGACGUUGGCUGGUGGAGCGGUGAAAGUAUUGAUGGUACCAGGAGCGGUCUCUUCCCUGCCAAUUAUGUCGAGGUCAUAGAGCAGUCGCAAGAACAGGCAGCUCCUGUUGCUGCUGCUACUACUGCUACUAAGCAGCAUGACGAUGAGCACCACGCAUAUGCUGCACAGGAUGCACACGAACCCACUUCGGCCGGACAUGCUACGGCCGACGAUGCGCUCUCUGGCAAGCCCACGGCAGUUGCCCUUUACGACUACAAUGCAGGGGAGCCAAACGAGAUCUCAUUCUCGGAGGGAGAUAUCAUUAAGGACAUUGACUUCGUGACGGACGACUGGUGGAGCGGUCAGGCUCGGGACGGAACGACGGGUCUCUUCCCAUCCAACUAUGUGGAGAUCCAUCAAUAGCGCUCGCGUCUAGUCAAAAGAAAAUAAAAGAAAGUUGGCGCUGUAAUUUUGUA